UAACUGGUCUAUGGAACACAGAAAUUCCCGGGCUCACGGAAUGGAAGGCAGAGACCGACGUGACAGGCAACCGCGACCCCCGACGAGAGAGACCUGGCUCGAUGACAGACAUGAGCAUGCCCACGGCCUGCCCCUCGGCAUUGAUGAUGAUGCACUCGACAGCAGACGUAUCGGCGGUGACAGUGACCGGCAGCAGGCGGCGACCGCCCCACGGGUAACGCUGCAGCGCGUGCGGGUGUUGCGCCAUGCCCGCCUCCGCGUCGUCGUCGCUCUCGGGCGAGUGCCGGAACUCUAUCUCCAUCUGCUCCGCACUGUGGUAGCUGCACGAGAAGGUCACCACCGAGCCGACGGGGCGGCGCACGCGCUGUGGCACUAGCUCCAUAAGGAGCCCGCCUGUACG